UUUUUCGCUAACAUGGAAGGAAGUAUAGAUUAGAUAGUUACAGGAUUCUACACUGUCUCUCUCUCUCUCUCCUUCUGCAGAUCUUAGAAAGCGAAACUUCAGCCUCACUUCUAUCGUUCCCUUCCUUAACUACAGAUCUACUCUCCCUCUCAUUCGCUCUUCCCAUCAUGACUCAUACAAAACGAAUUCGGCCUCAUUUCUUCACCAACUGAGAAGCUUAUUCCCCUGCUCUUCGUCUGUCUUGUCAGAACGUUCAAUUUUAAACAUGAAUCGAUCCUUGAAGGAAUUCUCAACCGGCGGUAGGAAUGUUCCAGUCGGUGCACUGCACCGACGAGGUCUUAGUCUCAAUGGAAUGUCUAAGGAUUCUGAUGAUAAUAAACUGGAUCUGUUUUCUAAGAACCGUCGGAGUUUAUCUGUUGUUUCCUCUGAUGAAUCGGACGUUUCGGUGAAAUUGGGGAGACUUUCAGUUGGAUCAGUCAAAUUGACUAGGAAUGGUGCCGAAGAUCUACUAACAUCAACUGAUGGUGGAAAACAUGAUUAUGAUUGGCUUCUUACUCCUCCAGAAACUCCUCUUUUUCCUUCAUCGGAUGGAUCUGAUACUCGGGCAUCAUUAGCUUCUUCAAGAAAAAGCUUGUCUAGAUCAUCUUCCACUGCUAAGGCAUCAAGACUAUCAGUCUCGCAUUCAGAGAGCAAUCACGCAUCAUCCAGACCAGUAAGAAGCAGCUCAGUGACCCGUCCUUCAGUUUCCAGUUCACAGUAUAGUUCGUAUACAAAUAAAUCAUCCUCGAUCCUCAAUACUAGCUCGGCUUCAGUUUCAUCUUAUACAACAAGACCAUCCACCCCAACUCGCUCUUCUUCAUCUAUUACAAGACCAUCCACACCAUCUGGCCGUUCAGUUUCCUCUCGAUCCUCAACUCCAUCAAGAACUCGUCCAGGGCCACCCAGCUCAUCAAUGGAUAGAACUACUAAACCAUCCCAAACUUCAAGGCCCUCAACUCCCAGUUCUUCUAGAUCUCAAAUUCCUGCCACCCUAAACUCAAUAGCUCCUCGAGCUGUAUCUCGACCGUCAACACCUACACGUAGGAAUCCACCACCAACUUUAUCAUCUCCAACAACAACAUCCGCUCUUUCCCCAUCAAACGGGCGUUAUCUAACAAACGGGCAGCCUGCAAGAACAUCAAUAUCCCGUCCUAGCUCCCCUAGUUCACGAGCUGGACCAACAGCACCUUCUUCCAGGCCAAGUUCACCUAGUUCGCGAUCUCGACCAACAGUUCCCUUGAUCCUCCCUGAUUUCCUUCUCGAUGUACCGCCAAAUUUAAGGACAACCUUACCAGAUAGGCCACUCUCUGCUGGUCGCUCUAGACCGGGCUCAGUUUCAAAGGUUAGUUUGGAGUCUCCUCCAACUCCUGCUAAUUUAACCAGAAGACAGUCAUCCCCCAUUCUUAACAGGGGAAGGCUAACGGAAACCAAUACUAGGGGGCGUGCGAAUGGGAAUGGCCAAGCUACUGAUGGAUUUGAAUCCCGCAAAGUUGGGUAUGUCUCGGACUCAUCAUUAACCUCGAGGAAACCAAUAAAGAGUUCUAACAUAUCUUCUGCCAUGGAGAGUACUGGAUUUGGAAGAAACAUCUCAAAGAAGUCAAUGGACAUGGCUAUGAGACACAUGGAUAUCAGAAACGGAACCACCACCAGCAACAACAUUCGAUCGCUCACAGGCUCGUCACUUUUCCCUCAAAGCAUUCGGUCAGCCAACAAUAAUAACAAAGGGCAAUCAACUCGCGCAUACAGUCACAAUUCAAAUGGAAACCUGUUGUCUCCAUACGACAACGGUCACAUUAUGGAAAACAGUGAUUAUAUAAAUCGGUAUCCUGAAAAUGGAUUCGAGAACAGCAAUGGAAACGGGAGACUAUCAUCUGCUAGAAUGAGUCAUGAACCAGAUAUAUAUGAAAGUUCACGAUACGAUGCCAUCCUGUUGAAAGAGGACUUGAAGAAUACGAAUUGGUUACAUAGUAUUGAUGACAAGUCUGAUCAAAGUUCCAUAUUUGAUCAUGGUUUCGAGCUUCUACCUGAACCGUUUGAUCCUUUAUAACAGACAUGAAUGAAGAAAAACAAAAGCAGGUUCUUCUUUUUACUUGCAUGUAUUUUAUUCUAUUUUUAUUAUGUGGUUUUCUUUAUAAUGGUUUUUUUUUAUCUCUAAGAAAUGGUAGUGUAUUUAUUUAUUUUUCAAAUUUGAAAACUUUUAAAUUACCUGAAGAUGCAUUUAUGUACUACUAGGCUACUACUAUUGUUUCAUUCUGAUGUGACUUGUGAGGUAUGAGAAAAUUAAGGAUGCCCUUGUUUUGUUGUA